AUGUAUAAACUUUUAUUCCUCGGCACAGUGCUCGUUGCACUCGUAGCGUUGCUAUUCCCACAACAAAAGGAUGAACAUCCGCCGUACGUCAAGGGGAAGAAUGGCACGGCAUUGUUUUUGGUGAACCAAGAGCAUGGCAUAUCAAAUGUGCUCGUUGCUUCGGCGUCAGCCAUGCUCGAGACAUACCCCGAUAUCGAUAUCCACUUCGCCUCAUUCCCCAAACUCAAGGGUAAACUCGAAAGAGUCUCCAAGUUCGCUAAACGAAAGACGCCUUCAGCUCGCGAUAUUGUAUUUCAUCAACUCAAAAGUCCUUCGUACGCGGAUGUGAUUCUCAACUCAGGCAGGAGUCUCGACGACGUUCCUCAUCCUCCAGGCCCAGCUGGUAUUUCUCACUUAUGCAAAGAUAUCCAGCUGUGGAUAUCGCCAUGGUCCGCUGAGGAGCACUUUUCCAUCUACGAGGAGAUUAGUUCUCUCAUUGAAGAAAUUGAUCCUGCAGUAGUAGUAAUUGAUACUCUAUUUCGACCAGGACUUGAUGCAACAAGAGACAAGAACAGACAGCAUGUUUUUAUCACGCCCAACCAGGCCGUCGACAACUUUCUCGGAGAACAGCCGUACGGAAGCAUGUUUUGGAAAUAUCCAUCAAUGAGCUCUGGUCUCCCAUUUCCAGUGCCAUGGAACAAGAUUCCUGAGAAUAUCUACCUCAACGUCCGAUUUAUCUACAGUGUUUUAAGAAUGCCAGACGUUACUGCCAAGCGAAAGGCGCUCCGUGAGAGAGGACUCAAAGAUCCUAUCAACUUCUUCGGCAUGUAUCGAGAUGAUGUGCCGUGGAUUACAGUCACAGCCGAUGGGGCUUCUAUUCCGGUAGAUUACCUUCCAUCGAAUGUCACCACCACAAACCCGAUUGUACUUUCUGUUGCUCCAGCCAUUGAGCAGGAUCCUGUGCUUGUUGAGUGGUUGAAGAAAACACCAACAGUCUUGAUUAAUCUUGGCAGCACAGUCAGCGCCAUUGCCAAUGUCCUCGACAAGGUUGACAUUCAAAUUCUUUGGAAGUUCAACAAAGUCGGCACCUACUCAGAUGACGUUUUUCUCCCCGUCAAACAACAUCUUGACAGCGGUCGUCUAAAGUUGGAAAGGUGGCUCACGGUUGAUCCAACCUCAUUACUCGAAUCAGGUCUCAUUGUUGCGUCUAUUCACCACGGAGGAGCCAACUGUUACAACGAAGCAGUCUAUGCCGGAGUUCCUCAUGUCAUUCUACCAUUGUGGGCCGAUCUCUACAGUUACGCAGCACUUGUGGAAACCAUUGGGAUCGGUGUCUGGGCGUGUCCUGCCACAAGCCCAAAAUGGACAGUCGAAGGACUUACUCAUGCCUUUUUGAGAGUUCUCGACGGUGGAGAAGCGAGUGUAAGUAUGCGUGAGAAGGCUAGAGAGUUGGGAGACAAAAUCCAGGCAACAGAAAAGGGACGUGAUGUUGCUGCGAGAAAGGUAGCCGAGCUGGCUUAUUCUGGGGUGUAG